AUGGGUAAAGAUGGUGGUUUUCUUACGCCUAAAGCAAUUGGUAAUCGAAUUAAAGCAAAAGGUCUACAAAAAUUACGAUGGUAUUGUCAAUCAUGCGAAAAACAAUGCCGUGAUGAGAAUGGAUUUAAAUGCCACAUCCAAAGUGAAUCCCAUCAACGACAAUUAUUACUUGUUGGAGAAAAUUCAGGCAAAUAUAUUGCCAAUUAUUCACAUGAAUUUCAUAGUGGUUUUUUCAGUACAUUGCGUCGUUCAUUUGGCACGAAACGUGUUUUAGCUAAUACAGUUUAUUGUGAAUAUAUUAAAGAUCGUGAUCAUAUUCAUAUGAAUGCUACUCGAUGGGUUGCAUUAGCAGGAUAUGUUCGUUGGCUUGGAAGUCAAGGUAGAAAGAAACUAAUUAUGAACUCAAAUAAAUCUAUUCAAUAUCUAUUUUAUUUAGGACUUUGUGAAAUUGAACAAACUGAGAAAGGAUGGUAUGUUACAUUAAUUGACAAAGAUCCUGAUACCGUACGACGUGAAAUGGAAAGUGAAAGAAAAGGCAAAAUGGAUUUAGAUGAUGAACAACGACGACAAAAAUUAAUUGCUGAACAAAUUAAAAGAGAUCAAGAAAGAGGUAUUCAAUUACCUGAGCCUGUAUUUACUGAACUAGUUCGCAAAGACGAAGAUGAAAAAGUACAAGUAACAUUCAAUCAAACUGUUGUUGCAGAAAAGAAAAAAAUUCUUCCACCAUCUGUAUUAGCUUCUGAUAGUAAAAAAAGAACGAAUCCAACGGAUGAAGUUUCCAAUGAACCUGAUGCAAAAAAAUCUAAAAAAGAAACUACGGUUGAAACUUCUGUCUUUAAAAAACCAUUUCCAGUCUCAUCAAAACGAAAAAAAUCAACACUCGAAGAAUUACGAGAGGUGGAAGAAAAAAUGAAAGAACAGAAAAAUCGUAAAGAUUAUUGGUUACAUGAAGGUAUUGUUGUGAAAAUUAUAACUUUAAAACUUGGUGAAAAAUAUUAUAAAAAGAAAGGUAUUAUUACAAAAGUUGAAAAUCACUAUCAAGCUAUUAUUAAAAUGAUCGAUACAAAUGAUAAGAUUCGUAUUGAUCAAGCUCAUGUUGAAACAGUUAUUCCGGCAAUUGGAAAGAAAGUCUUUAUUGUCAAUGGUGCCUAUCGUGGCCAAGAAGCAACAUUAGAGGACAUUCAUCAAGAUACAUUUGCUGUUGAUGUUACUAUUCUGAAGGGUCCAAUGAUUGGUACUCGACUUGACAAUGUACCUUAUGAAGAUGUUUCGAAAUCAGCCGAUUGA